ACAUUUCAGAAAAAGAUAGACUCUCCCUUAGGUAACCGGAAACGACGGCGAAGGACAUAAACAAGACUUGUAAAAUUAACGCUAAAUUAUUACUGUUAUAGCUAGGUACGAAAGUGGACAGAAUGAACGGGAUUUACAUAUGAAAUACAUUGUUAUAACGACUGAAUAACGGGUGCACGAGAUGCAGGAGGGAAAUAUUAAUGACGCUUUGCCUACCUCCAAGAACCACACAGGCUCCCAUCCCAUGCAGACUCCGAAGAACGAGGAUGCCUAUGAAAUCAACUUUGAGCAGCAAGGCUUCUUCAAUCAGAAUGAGCAGAGUUUUGAAGAGUCGCCCCCUCCCUCGGGUGCCCCCCCACCAGGCAGCUCGUACCUGCUGAUAACCAACCUGCGGACGCAGCUGCAGAUCUCACUGGAGAAGAACUCGUGGCUGCAUAAACGCAUAGAGGACCUGGAGGAGGAGAGGGACUUCCUGCGUUGCCAGCUGGACCGCUUCAUCUUCUCUACCAAGACCCAAGGCCAUCAGAACCAGGGCCCCAGCGAGAGCCAGUACAGCAACGGCUAUGACUCUAGACGUUUUGAAUGGAAGCCGAGGAGAGAGGGGGAGCGGCCAGCUGAGCAGAAGUCCGAGCCACAGCGUUUCACAUCUCGUCAGAUAUUCCAGCGAAGACCCUCCCCCACUGCCAUGGCCCCACCCAAAAACCACACUUCCAGCACGAUAGCCAAUCAGAUGGCCGCAAUGAGCUCCAUGUUCAGCUCCGGGGCCUCCCAGACUCUUUUGCAGGGGCACAGCAGUGGCAGUAGCAAUGCUAACAGAGCCACCAUGAGUGACAUGAAUGCACAUGGGAGCAUAGGGCCAGAUUCCCUGUCCCUCCUGGGGGAGGCCGAGGAGUUCCUGGAGCAGGAUGGCUACAUGAAUGAGGAGGAAAUGAUUUCAGGAGAGGAGGUGAUGUCCGAGGGCAUGAGCAGCGGUGGGCACCCAGGGAUGAAGAGGAGGCGGGUCUUCCGAAUCACCAGGGAGAGGCAGAGAGUCAAAGACGCUGCAGGGGUUCUGUUUCGCUACAAGAAGAUCCUGCUGACCUACCAGCGGCUAAAGAACAUGUCUAAGGCCUUCCAGAUCCAUGGCGUAGACCGCAAUACGGUGGCCUCCACCACGCCCAUCGCUGAAAUGCUGCUGGUGGCCCCGGAGAAGGUGGCGGACGUGGGCGAGUUUGACCCAUCCAAGGAGAAGCUGCUGGAUUACGCACGGCGCUGCUAUGUCGCCCUGGACGAGGAGACGCUAAGCAGGGUGCAGGCCCUGAAGAAGAACAACCUGCUACUACCCAUCUCCUACAGGUUGAAAGGAGGAGAGGAUUCUCUUAAAGAGAAGGAAAGUCACGCGACCACAAACUGAACAAAGCAAAGAGUAGUUGCACACUCUAUUGCUCAGAUUCCAUCCUUUAGUAGAAUCAUUCCAGUGUUCUGUCAGAAAGCUUCCAGGUUCUGAAACAAAGGAAGUUAGCUAGCUGACUGACCACUGGUGUUGUGUCUGCACCAGAACAACAGAAUAAGCAGAUAUUCUUUGCUUUGGAAGGAGGAUGAGGCCAGUUUUGGGGACAGUUCUACUGUGAGGCUAAGCUGUUGUACCACAAAUACAUCACUUUUUUUUGUUGCACCAGAAUAUAUUCUGUCACUGUUAAGUGCCACUGUAGCAUACAGUUGUGAGAUGUGUCAUUUGACUGAAGUGUGGUGUAGUAUAACAUCACGUACCCUUUGUACUGUGCUACGAAGAUGAGUUUUUUACUAUAAUAGUGGUGCGAUUUACUGUGCUAUUUCACCAUCAGUUGAGAUUUUUUUUCAGUCCUCUACUGCAAUACUUUGUUUGCUUGAGAAUAAUUUAUUGCAAUUAGAUUGCAUACUAUUACGUUUCUUUUUUUGUGUGUUCCAGUAAGCUCAGUGAUUUCCAGAAAAGGGACAAAAUACAAAUGUUGAUUUCUAUUUGAACAUAUCAAUCACCAGUUCCCCAUUACAAUUGCAUGUGAAAUUAACUCUUGUUGGUCAGUUGUUUAGACAGAGCUGUUGUUGAUAAUGAUGUUAAAAAAAAUAGCAGUAGUAUUGGCGAUGGUGUAAUAUAGUGGUAUAUUGUGUGUUUAUUAUACUGGUACAAGGAAUUGCUGAGACUCCAGGUUGUCUGAGUGUGAAAGGGUACCUCUCGGUUUAAACUUCAUGUCUUACUUAUUCACAACACAAACUCACCCACUGACCGGUGUCAGUGUGUACAACUGCUGAAAUCAUGUUAUGUUACAACACCUUUUUUUUUUUAAAUUUUUUUUUAAAUAUUUUUUUUAACCUUUAUUUAACCAGGCAAGUCAGUUAAGAACACAUUCUUAUUUUAUACGGGUCAGAUAAGUCAUUUUGACUUUAAUAAGGAACCAAUCAUUUACUGAACGGUGCAGUACAACCUGUAUCAUUUAAGAUACCGGUCUCUGUGUGUGCAGCAUUUCAAAAAUGUUUAAUAUUGUAUUUCUCUUCAAUAAUCACGAGGAGUAGCCUAUAUUCAAAAACUGAAAAUGUUUGGUUGAUUAUACAAAUUGUAUGGACUGUAAAAACAGAAAUGCCAUUAAAGCAUUUGAUUUCUUAAAAAUCAUGA